UUCCGUUUCUCUCUCUAUAUCUCUCUAGUCUAGCCUAGCUUCUACCUUAUUUCUAUUUUCUGGUUUUUCCUUCUCUGUUCUCUACCUCGCGUCACUCUCUCUCUCUCUCUCUCUCUCUUUCCUUCCUUUCUCGUCUUCUAUUUCCUAUUGUAUUGUUAUUUCUUGUUCCGUAUCUGAUAGCUUCUGCAAUCGACAAAUCUUGUUUGGAUUGGAUCAUUAGCCAUUAAAGAUUUCCUACUCCGAAUCAGACAAGUGUGGAUUUCUCUCUCUCUCUCUCAAUCUUUUCACCUAUUCUUAUCUGUCGAUUCAUUGAUUACUGUGUUCCAUUCUUGCGGCUAGGGUUCUGGUGUUGUUCUUCGUCAUCGGUUCCAAUUAAUUUCGAUUGUUUCUCGAGGCGUUAAAUAAAGAAAAGAGGUUGGAUUUUUUUUGUUUACUUCUGUUAUUUCCUUUAUCUCCGUAUCCAUCUAUUCUUGGGUUGGAUUGGUUGGAAUUUAUAACCCUAGUCCUUAUCAGGUUGGAACUUACGAGGUAUUUUAGGCAUAUUAUUUCUUUUGAUUGUGGUGGUAUAAAAAAUUCUUAAAAUUCUCAUAUUAUUUCCUUCCUGUUGUUCGAUUGUAUCUGCUAGCCUGCUAUUAAGUCCUCCAAUCAAGAAACUCAGUGAAAUUUUUGGUGCUUUGUUUUUGUUUGCCAUCCAAAAUCGAGAGACUUCUUGUGGGAUCAUCUAUUCUAGGGUUUUGCAUUUCCUUCUUCUUUCUAGGGUUGUUAUUCAGAUUUCGUUCUUCGUCAAUUUUCGUUGUUUCCCUUUUUUUUCUCUUCAAUCUUCCUUUAUUGUUACUCCUUUUUUGCGAGAACAGAUAUCGACUUCUAGGUGUUUGGCGUUUCCAUCUGGAAUUCGAUUGAUCUUUUCUUGAUUCUUUUGUUUUGGGGGAUGACUACUUUGAAUUUUUCUCAUCGGCCCAUCUUUCCUGCCAAUCCGUCCGAGGAAAAUUUGGUUUCCUCCAUUAGAAUAGCCAACGGCUACGUUGUGGAGGGAAUCUCCGACAAGAACGGAGAUGGUUUUGGCAAGCCGCGGCGUUUCAACUGGGAAAUUGAGGAUUCCUAUGAUUGCAGAAGAGAGAGAGAUGAUAGGGGAGGCCCUCGCGAGCCAGUCUCCAAUGAUAUACUUGACAUCCUUCCAUCGGAUCCUUUUGGCAUGGAUAUAAGUGCUACUUUUACAGCUAUCACAGGUUGGAUCGAGGACAUGGAAGCAGAUUCUGAGAAAUACGUAAGAGAUGACACUGGUGAUAUGAAAGGAGAUUAUCAGUUUGUUGCGGGGUUGAAUUUUAUUUGGAAUAGGGCCAUGAGGUUUCAGGCGGAGCCAGGGUCCGCUGGGGUUGCUGAAAGAUCAAACCCAGUUGGUAGGGUUGAUGGAUGCGUCGAGGAGAAAGAAUUUGCGGAUGGUUCAUGUGACGGUGGGUUCUUAUCAGUAUGCAAUGUGGAGGAGUUCUUGAGUUUUGGUGACGAUGAUUAUUGUGCUGCUAGUCGUCCAUCAGAUGACACUCAUGAAGCUGCUGAAAGCUGUCCGCCUGGAGAAGGAGAAGGAGAAGGAGAAGCGCCACAUGAUGCGGUGUCCUUUGCCCUUCGUUAUCUUGGUGUGCAGGAUCUCCUUUCUGCUGAAAAGGUGUGCCGAACUCUGUGUUCUGCAGUGCAAAAUGAUCCCCUCCUGUGGAUGAAUAUUCACAUAGACCAGCCAUUGAGUGAACGGAUUAUAGACGAUGCUCUUAUACGGCUAACCAACCGAGCUCAAGGCAAUUUGCAAUCUUUGAGUCUAGUGGAGUGUUCAAGGAUCACAGACGAUGGUGUGAAACGUGUCCUUGAAACUAAUCCGAGAUUAAAAAAGCUAAGUGUGCCAGGAUGUACGAGACUCAGUGUUGCCGGAAUUGUGAGUAACUUGAAAGCUUUCAAGUCCUCUGGUGCACCUGGGAUAAAGCAGCUAAGAAUUGGGGGGCUUUAUGGCGUAACAAAUGAUCACUAUGAAGAGUUGAAGCUCUUAUUGGGUUUAGAAAAUUGUCAACAGCCAAGAGCUUAUAAAGCACGGUUUUAUCACAAUGGUGGACACUUGUCUCCCUGUUGUGAUGAUGAUCGAGCUAUUGAUAUUGAGAUGUGCCCAAGAUGCCAGAAUUUGAGGCUAGUCUAUGAUUGCCCUUCAGAGAUCUGCCAAGCGAAGCAGGGUGCUUCUCAGUUAUGCAGGGCAUGCACACUCUGCAUUGCACGGUGCGUCCAAUGUGGGCGGUGUAUCAAUGACAGCGAGUAUGAGGAGACAUUCUGCCUGGACUUGCUUUGUUCAAGCUGCUGGAAGCAACUGCUGAAUUGCCCGGAGAGGCAGGAGGAAAAAGGUGUUCCCUCCUCAAAGCACACCGUUUUCCACCAGGAGACCAGGUACCAUUUUCGCCUCUAUGGUUAGAGGGUUAUGUCAUGAUGCGUCGUCUUGGCUUUGGCUGUUUAGUGAGUAAUUGUCAUUAGCAGUCCAGAUAUGUGAUUGAAGAUAACGCAUGACAAGAUGACUCCAUGCCCAUCUGGUUGACUUGUGAGUCAGCAGGAUUGUUGUGUUAAUCUUUUGAAUGGACCUUGGCUUGGAAGGGUUGCAAUGGCAUCAACAUUGGGAAAGCUUAUUGAAAGAGAAAAAAAAGUAUCACAAUGUGGAAAAUACCGAGUCUAGUAAGAAUGAAUUCAUAGUCCGGUGGAUCUUGUCAUCAUCUCUGUCAACGUUUUUUCAGAUCUCCUGCUCAUGGGUUUCCUCUAAGGGAGGGGGAGGUUCAGCACCCAUUAAAGCUAGGGAGGAUGAGAAUGUGAUUUAUAUGCAUCCCUGUUGGGAGUUUUUCUGUGAUGCUGUCAAAGUUUGCAGUCAUCAUACCGUCGCCAAGGGAAUGAAAUUCCACUUGAAGUCCCAAUAAAGUGGUAGGAGCCCAGAGAAUGAGAGAGAGAUGAAAAAUUGUGGGUGUUAUUGUUGAAAUACACUUCCCUUCUGCCCCUUGCCACUCAAAUGGAGAAGUAUCAUCGGAGUGAGGAAGAGCCCAGAAAGUGGGAAGAUUGGCCGGAUGAAGUUGUGAGGUGGCGUUGCCCCGCCUGGGAAUAUGUGGUUCGUGGUGUGGCUGGAUCAAAAUAAUGGACAGACAUUUGGGAUUGAAUUAUAAUGUUUGCAGUACCAUUUGGGUCAGGGUGGAGACUUAAUAUUAUAUGUAACAUUUGGAAUUUCAUCCAUGUUCUCUGUUGGGCUCAUCCUUUUCUCUAUUCAUCCCUGGUUUUUUUUUUUUUU